AUGGUAUCUAAUAAUGUUAAUCAUUUAGAUACUAAUAAUAUACCUUGCUGUAUUUUCCAUGAUGAUUUAAGUAGUGGUAAAUUUCGUAAAAAUGGUUUCCAAAGGCCUUUGCAGGUAUUACAAGUACUUCUAUGGCUUAUAUUUGCAUUAAAUUUGUUACUUUACUACAUUUUUAUAAUUCCAUCACUACCAUUAGGUGCUAUGAUAUCUAUGGCAAUUAUUGUAGGGCUUAUGAGUAUUACAACUUUUACACUUGCAUGGAAAGUAACUUCAAAUGAUCCAGGACUUUCUGAUACUAGUAAUAAUAAUAAUAAUAAUAAUAAUAAUUCAUCAUUAGAUCAACCAUCUAUUUCUAAUGAUAUCUAUAGAUGUGAUAUUUGUGGUAUUUAUAAUAAUAAUUGUAAGCAUUGUCGACUUUGUAAUAAAUGUAUACCCAGAUAUGAUCAUCAUUGUAAAUGGUUAAAUACUUGUAUAGGAGAAAAAAAUUAUGGUUCAUUUUUUUUUCUUAUAACUUUUGUUUUCUUUCUAUUGGGUUGUAUUAUUACUUCAUCCUUAGCUUCUAUAAUAUGUGAAGCAUUUUAUGGUUCUACAAAAUAUUAUUGGAAAAAAAGACUUUUAUUUUGGUCUCCAACUGCUUUCUACAUUAUUGGUAUAUUUUUGAUUAUAUUUAAUCUCCCAUUUUUUUUUUUAGAUGGUGAACUAUGUAUUCUUCAUUGCUAUCUUGUAUAUAGAGGAGUAACGACACAUGAAUACUUAACUAAAGUAGUCGUAGAAGAUAUUUCUUCUACAAGAGAUAAUACAACUUCUUGUAAAAGUGGUAAAGAAUUUUGUGAUCGUAUUGCAUUAUCUGUAGAUUGGAUUAUUGCUGAUCGUAAAAAAAUUGAGCAGCGUAAACGUAAUAUUCAAGAAAAAAGUGCUAAUAUUGAACUAAAAAAUCAUAAUUCUCUUGAUAUUGAGAUUUCUCCUGAUAUUAAAGAGAGUAAAGAAACAAAUUCUUCUAUAGUUGAACAUCCCCAAAAUAUUAACAAAAUAUGGAUCUCAAGAUAUUCUGGCUUAUCUUCUGAUCUAGGUUGCAAUAUGGAAAUUAUUGAAAAUAAUUAA